CAAAAACAAUACGCUGCGUCGCUGUCUAUCAAGUGAAAAUGGAACAACUUUCGAAGAAGACGAAGGUUUUAAAGCCUUCUUUUCAAACUAUUUAAAGAAGCAACAGUCUUGAUAUAACAACUACAAACUCCUGAGGUGUCCUACAAGAUUUUGCAAAGACAAAAUGAGUGGAAACAUGGAUACGAAAGAAAAACUCUUGCGCGAAACCGAAGCGUUGCUGCGAGCGGUUCUCAUAAGCAGCCCUCGCGGAGUUCGCUUCGAAAAGCUGCUGCGCGAUUAUAGAGAAUUGACAUUUAAAAGGAUACCGUUCAAGGAGCUUGGCUUUCCCAGACUGGAGCACUUUCUGCAAAGCAUUCCUUCAGUGGCCAGGGUCGAAAAAGGCCCAGACGGCGAGUGGAUUGUGAAGGGAGUCGCCUCGGAUGCUGACAAACACGCGGCGAAACUGAUAUCAAAGCAGAAGAAAAUCUUCAAACCCACCCUUCGGAAAUCUGCAAAGUCGAUCUUUCCCAAACGGAGGGUUAUGCCCCGUCCUCCGAGGAUGAGCACCCCUGUCAGAAAGCCGGCGCCUAGACCACCAAUCUCGAGGAUGACAUCGAAGUAUGUUCCCCCGCCACGCAUGCAAAGGCUGCAAGAAAUGCAGAAUAGAAACAUGAUGGCAGUCCCCGGACAGGGAAAUGUGAAAUCGGGAAAAGGUAGGGGUGAUGGGUGUAUUUGGGGGGUGAGGGGUGUCUCUGGACGGUUCUGCAUGGCGUCCGCUCUGGUUGCAUCCCCUUUGCGAAGGCUAGGAGUAGGGGAGUGCCCCACAUGCCAAUAAAUAGUCAGAUUAACCCACUGAGUGGCAGCACGCUCCCCUUGAUGAGUAAAAUCAUCUGGCUGUAGACAGAGUGAAAUAACAAGGUGUCAAGGAAGGAUGCAUCAGGUGCAUUAUUUUGCCAAUGGCCUUAUGCAGGUUUUUCAAAUUUCAAAUACAAUAAUGAACGUUUUAUAUGUUUAUAUGAUUGUUUAUUUAUUUAUUUAUUUAUAUAACUUCGCCAUUUAUAUAUACCAUACAAUACAAAAACAAAAACAAUACAGUACAAUACAAAAAAACAAAACGAUACAAUCUAACAUAAGACAGUACAGUAUAAAUAUAUAUAGUUCAGUAUAGUACAAUACAUAUGAUAGAUGUCAGAUGGCUGGGACACCACAACAGUUAAAACCAAUUACUGUGGGCCCUUUUAACAUAUUAUAAUAACUAGAAACAACAAUUUAUAACACUGUUCAAACUACGACAAGAGUUACAGUUUAAACACACAGAUUUCCACGUUUUUGGAUCCUCUGCAUCAUAACAACUAUGCAGGACUUCCAAAUAAUAGUCCCACAGCAAUCUUUUAAAUGUACUUAACAACAUAUUUAGCUGUUUUAAGUUUGUUGGAAGACAGUUUGUGUCUCGGGUGAAAUAUGAUUUUUGGAAGGUGGUAGUUCUGCAUUUUUGUGGACGGAACAACAACUCAGUGGUACUGGGUGAUCGGGUAACUCGGGUGGGAAUAAUACCAAAAAUUUUGAAUCAAUAGGAUUAAUUCCUCUUGAGUUGCAGCAUCUUGAAAAAUAAAAGUGCUGACAUCAGCAUUAUUUUGGAACACCUUCAGAAACUGUUAUACACAAAAUUUAGUUAAAAAUUUGGUUAAAAGUUCAAGACGGGACUUUGUAUCUGAUAGGAACAAAAAUUUAAACAUUUUGGCUCAAACUCGCCUUUAUUUUAGCAUUUGAUUUUUGGAUAAGUGCUUGGUGGCAUAAAAUGGCCAAUCUUAUACCACUAAGCGGUUAUCCAAAAGUCAAAUGCUAAAAUAAAGGUGUGUUUGGGCCAAAAUGUUUAGAUUCUUGUUUAUAUCCGGUAAGAAGUCUCGUCUUAACCUUAAUCAAGAAUUUUUAACUAAAUUUUGUGUAUAACACAGUUUCUGAAGGCAUUCAAAAUGUAAUGCUGACGUCCACACUUUUACAAGUUCUAAAACAUAUAAUAGUUUUGUUUUCAAGAAGCUGUAACUCAGGAGGAAUUAAUCCUAUUGAUUCAAAAAUUUUUGGUGAACACUCGUAACAAUGAUAUUUUACUUAUAAAACAUCCAUGCAGUAUUGUUACUGAAAUUCCUGGAAAUUGGAUGGAAACCUGCAUAAGGCCAUUGAACAGUUAAUCAUGUAUUGCUUGAUUGGUAGUUAUGCUAUUUUAUUCUUUAGAAAAUGCUAUUGGAAAGUCUCGUGUAUCAGGAGGUUUGUUUAGAAAAGCAACAGACGACGUUAAAACUUCCAGAAGUAAUGAAGCAAAACGUUGGUCGAGUUCAUCAUCAUCGAAAGGUUAAUAGUGUUCUUAUUGUGAUAAAUUUUUAACCAUACAAAGGGUGAUAAAUUAUUUCAAAAAGUGCAUGCAAGUUGGUGCCUGAUGUUUCAAUUUUUACUUCUAGAAACUCCCAAGUUAUCAGUUAGUGUUUCAAAUACAAGCAAAGAACGUAGCGUCAGUGCUGUUACUUCGCCCGAGCGGCCUGCAGCUUCGGUUGUUUUGGAGGAUGUGGCAUCUGUCAAGUGGAUUAAGGCCGAAAUUCUCAAAUCUAAAAGUGGAUUGUGGGCCAUAAGAUUGGAACAUUUAUACAAAAAGAAGUUCAAGAAAGUUUUACCAACGAGUUUCAUCCAAGAACUGAAGUUUAGACCUGAUAUUGCGACAGUCGAGGAACCAAUUGCUGGACGUUAUUUACUUUAUGCACCACGGAAACCGAAGGUAUGGCAGAGGUGUUGUUGGGUACUGUCGUUAUAGACAGCGAGCAGUCCCUCAGGAGAAAGGAGGGACUGCCCACAACAGGGAUGGAUUUACUGUUGGGGGUGCACCCCCCUUAGCCCUGGCCAGGGGGGGGUGCUAUUUUUCAUGAUAAAGCAAAAAAUUAUUAGAAACCAAAUGAGAUACAGUAAUUUGUGUAAUAACAUGAUGAUAAGCAAACUGUGAACAACAAUUACAAUUCAAAUACAAUAGUCAAGCAAGAUUUCGCAGUAGUGAAGCAAGUUGAUGGGCGGGCGGCACACAUGACCGACAUAACUCGGCACCAGAGCUGGCAGAGCACCCCCCUACCGAGCUACAAGAGCACCCCCCUAGCACCAUCCCUGGCCCCGAGCGGCCUGCGAGCGGCUGUUACUUCACCCGAGCAGCCUGCAGCUUCGGGUGUUUUGGAGGAUGUGGCAUCUGUUAAGUGGAUUAAGGCCGAAAUUCUCAAAUCUAAAAGUGGAUUGUGGGCCAUAAGAUUGGAACAUUUAUACAAAAAGAAGUUCAAGAAAGUUUUACCAACAAGUUUCAUGCAAGAACUGAAGUUUAGACCUGAUAUUGCGACAGUCGAUGAACCAAUUGCUGGACGUUAUUUACUUUUUGCACCACGGAAACAGCAGGUAUGGCAGAGGUGUUGGAUUCCCGCACUUGAUUACACAUUUCCAGUUCACGUUUUAUACAUUAUCGGUACUCUGAUUCUCUAUCUAAAAUAUACAUGCCUCUAUUCCUGGACUAGGGUACAUUCUGAUUUACAUUGGACAAAGUUACUCUGGUUGGACACCAAAUCACUUGGGACGGACAAACAAUAAACCGCAGUUCCACCCAUCUUGUUUGAGGCCGGCGAACGGCGAAUUUUGCAAGUGCUAAGAAGACCGCCAUUUGCCAGAGGCUCAUGUGUGUAAUUUGCUGGUACUUGCAGUCAUGACAAGCUAAAAUUUUUAGCCCAGUCUUCACUUGGACAAUAAAUCAAAUAGACAAAGCUUGCAAGCCUUUGCUCACCACUCAACUCACAACGCCUUUGAAGCUUCGACCUUCCAUUUUUUGCAUACUUGUUUUGCUCAUCAAUUAAUAGCCAGAGCCUCAGUAGAGCAAAACAGUAUUAGCCAUACCCAAAUUAUUAUUAGCCAGAACUUCAAAGUUCAAAUGGAUACCUGAAGGGCUACAGUUUUAUUUAGGUCGGACAGAACAUCCACACAUCCAGUGGUUUCCUCUCUACAUCUGACCAUUUCACAAAUUUAUGGGUUGGACAGUACAAUGUCUUUGACCAAACAAUUUUUUAAGGCCUGUGUAGAAUAACACACAGCGUUGCAAGUAUGUAUUUAAUAGUGAUGCACCGAUAUGGAAAUUCACAGAUAUUCCACUAACUGAUAUUCAAAGAUUGUCAUCUUUGACAGUUCUUUGAAUUUAAUUAAAUUUAUUUGUUUCUAAAUACUGAAAAUAUCAAAUGAAUUACUGCAAAUGCACGCAACAAAGACUCUACAAUCUAGUACAUUACUAUGCCAGUGACAGUUUAUUUGUAAUAAAAGUUUGAACUGCAACUAUAACCAAUCAUUAAUAUUUAAUAACAGUUUGUAAUAUUGGUAAUAUCAACAACAAAAUUACUGAUAUGGAUAUCGGUGCAUCACUAGUAUUUGAAUAUAAUUUAAUUACUGUAUCUUACAGCCUCCUCCAGCCAAGAACAGCCAACAAGAUCAGACUCAAGUGAAUGUCAAUCCAGACAUUGCACUGCCAUGCUUCUUUCCAGAGAUUGGGUAUGCUCGUUUGUACAGUAGGGUGAGGUGGUUAUUAACCCAUUGAGUGGCAACACUCCACUUGGCGAGUAAUAUCGUCUGGCGUUAACCCAUUGAGUGGCAGCACUCACCACUUGACCAGUAAAAUUGUCUGGCGUUAGACAGAGUAAAGUUAUCUGGCGCUAGACAGAGUAAAAUACCAGAGUAAAAUACCAAAGGGUGCAUUGCCACUUAAAGGGUUAAAAUAUUAAUCAAUGAACAGAAAAAAACAAUGAUUUUCUAAGAAGUGUCUUGAGUUUUUAUAAGAACUACCUUGCCCUAAAAUUGACUUUACUUGACUAAAGCAACACGUUUUAUAUCAUCUUCAGCUUAAAAUUCUGAUUGCCAUAAAUUUGUCAUUCAAUUUUCAGACAACCUGUUAUUGUCUACAUAUCUCAUACGGAGAAUCCAAGUUGUUUCUAUGUGAGUCGUGCAGAUGCAAUAUCGGAAAUGUUGAGUGAGGAAAUACUCAAACAUUACAAGGUAAAUGUCUGGUCAUCUAUUUUUUCCUCAAACCACCACAUCUUCUCAUCUCUUCAUUCCAUAAUAUCUCUGACCAGCUCUUCUUCAUCUCUUCUUAUUACAUGUCCAUACCAUCUCAACCUUGCUUCCCUCACCUUCUCUGCAAUGUCUAUCACCCCACAUCUCAUGUAGGCGAGAGUUCGCCACACAUACUGACAUUUUGUGGGCUCCAUACUUGGGAUGCGUAGGCAAGGUGAGAUCUGACAAGUGCCAGAUAUAUAAUGCGUUGAGUGGUCACAUGUCUAAUUUGAACAGUAGAACGUUUUAGCAUUCCAAGCAUGUGGUUUGCUUUGGUGAUUUGUUCGUGAAUAUGGUAGGACCAUGUGAGGUCUGAGGAAACUGUCACUCCAAGAUAUUUCUGUUGGGAAACAUGCUGCAAAGGACGACCAUUGAUAACGUAUUCGGCAACGAUUGGAUUGCGUUUCCUGGUAACACUUAGCACUGUACACUUUUGAGCGUUGAAUUUCAGCCGCCCACUAUGUGCCCAUUUCUCCACGUUAUUCGUUUCAGUGUUGAGAAUGUGUGCGUCUCUAGGAGCUUGAAUGAUUGGAAAACAUUUGGUGUCGUCCGCGAAGAGAGAAACAUCAACAGAUGGCGAGGAUACAGAUGAUGGGAGAUCGUUCACAAUAUUAAAAAUAACAAGGGUACAAGGAUUGAUCCUUGUGGGAUGCCAGUGGUAACUGUUAGUGAGUCUGAUGUUGCACCAUGAACAAGCACACGCUGUUGAUGCCCUGUCAGAUAACUGUGAUCCCAAAUUGAUGGAGUUUGUGAAGGAGUUUGUGGUUAACGAUAUCAAAGGCUUUGGCGAUGUCUAGGUAUAAGAGGUCCGUUUGCACGUCCCAUGUCUAUGUUUUUACCAAUACGAUCGAACACGGAAAGCAGUUGACUUGUGCACGAUUUCCCUCUUACGAAACCAUGUUGACAAUCAGAAAUAAGUUUCCGAACGUGGACUACCAGUCGAUUGUAAAUACAACGCUCAAGCACCUUCCCAACAACACACAUCAAGGAUAUUGGUUGGUAGUUCUCAACAUAAUUUUUGUCUCCUUUGUGAAGUGGAAUGAUAUUGGAGAGCUUCCAUUGUGUAGGUAGAUCACCAGUGUGUAGUGAUUUAUUGAACAAAUAAGUUAGUGAUGGAGUGAUGCUACAAGCACAUUCUUUCUGUAGGCGAAUAGGGAUUUUAUCGGGACCAGAAGCUUUGUUGGGAUUCAGAUUGCUGAGGACGGCUUGUGCCUUGCAUGGUUCUAGGGUGAUCUCUGAAAUGGUUUCGUUAGACAAGGGUGAUACUGGGUGACAUAUCUCUUCGGUUUCCUUCAGAAACAUGGAUUUAAAGUAUCGAUUGAAAAGGUCUGCUGCUUCGUCUGCAUUGGUGGAGGGAAUGCGAACUGAGGGAAAGGUAUUAUCAGUGGCGAUAGAAACUUGUUGUGGGAUUCUGCAGAACUUAGUGCUUGUUUUAAAGAAUGCCCAGAAACGCUUUGGAUUGGAAUACAAUGAAAUUCCAUUAUGUGUCCAUACCAUCUUCAACCUUGCUUCUAUCACCUUCUCUGCAAUGUUUACCACCCCACAUCUUCUGAUCUCUUCAUUCCAUAAUGUCUCUGACCAGCUCUCCUUCAUCUCUUCUUAUUACGUGUCCAUACCAUCUCAACCUUGCUUCUCUCACCUUCUCUGCAAUGUCUACCCCCCCACAUCUUCUGAUCUCUUCAUUCCAUAAUGUCUCUGACCAACUCUCUUUCAUCUCUUCUUAUUACGUGUCCAUACCAUCUCAACCUUGCUUCCCUCACCUUUCUGCAAUGUCUACCACCCCACAUCUUCUGAUCUCUUCAUUCCAUAAUGUCUCUGACCAGCUCUCUUUCAUCUCUUCUUAUUACGUGUCCAUACCAUGUCAACCUUGCUUCUCUCACCUUCUCUGCAAUGUCUACCACCCCACGUCUUCUGAUUUCUUCAUUCCAUAAUGUUUCUGUAAUAUAACAUUUUCAUUGUCAGUCAACUCAUCAUAACUCAGACGCCAUACCAUCAGUGUCGCCUGGACAGAUAUUUUGUGCUAAAUUUACGGAAGAUGACAAUUUCUACCGCGCCCGUGUCCUAGAAGUGGUCGACCACAAGAAUAUCAAAGUUCAGUACGUAGACUUUGGUAAUAAAGAGGUUAUACCAGUUGACAGGCUCCGUGUUCUGAUCAGUGAAUUCCAAACACAGCCAAUACAGGCUUUCGAGUGUUGCCUUGAUGGAGUAGAUCCAACAAAUGAGGUGGGUAUAUAUCGUUGCAGAGGUCACUGUUAUUGUAAUUUGUAACAGUGAGAGUUAUGGAAACGUAUUUGGAUGGGACAUGGUAUAAUACUGAUGGUACCGGUAACCAGUAUCCAGAAGUCGGAUACUGCAUUCUCAAGGGGAGACUAAACUUUGAAUCCUGGUAUGCCAGUUGGAUAUUGAGAGAAAAUAUAAAUUUCAGACCCUACAUGUGUAUAUUUUGGUACUAGAGUUGGUGUGGCAGCUGCACAAAAAUGUUUUUUAGGCCUAUGCAAGGAUUUUUUUAUGAUUAAAUUGCAAAGUUUAUUUAAAAUAAUAAUAUAACAUUUUUUGUUGUUUUUCCUGUAUAUCAAGAUAUUGGACUUUGUCUGGCAUGCCAAUAUGCCAUAACGUCACACUGCACAAUGUAUUUUACAGAAGAGUGUUUUUUAGCUUGAAAAAAUUGUCAUUAACUUAAAUUUGCAGACGAAAUGAUAGCUUUGGCCGAUAGUUCUUAAAAUAUAUAACUUUCAAUGUCAGUGGAAUUAUCACAUGUUUGGCAAGGAAACGUUUUCUUUCUAAAAACUCAUUAUGCAAGUGUGACGUCAUUUCAUAAUAUCUUGACAUACAGGAAAGAUAACAAAGUUUUAGAAAAAAAGUUGCAUUAUGAUUUUAAAUAAACUUUGCAAUUCAAUCAUAAAAAAUUCUUGCAUAGGCACUUUAAGAUAAAUAAUUAUUUUUAGGCUCAGGAAUGGAGCAAGGCUGCUGUUUUUAAAUUUGAUGACCUAACCAGUGAAAAAGAAUUAAGAAUGACAGUACACGAUGUUGAUGGUAAAAUAUAAUAAUUUUUGUAUUUGUCGAAUAUCAUGUUUUUUUAAAGUUGAAGUUAAGUGUUCUCAUCCUGCUCUCGUCUUCGUUUGAUAUUCCUUCUUAGUUAGGUUUUCGUUUUGUUUGUUUAUUAGAUAAAGUGUUGAGCGUUUCUCUUGUUGAUGUGUCGUCGCAGUUAGACAUUGCAGAAGAAAUGAAGAAAGCAGGCUUGGCGAUUUCCUCGAAAAAUUUGGAAUCAACCCCCUCGUCCUCGUCCUCGUCGUUGUCAUCUUCAUCAGGGUAUAGGCACCAGAUAUAAAUAUCUGUACGAAAAACAGCUGGCUUAGAGCGCUGCUAACAUAUAGCGAUUAGUGCAUGUUCUUAGGGACGUAGCGACUGGGGUGUAUAGAGGGGGGAGGGGGGCUAACCCCUAAACACUUUAUCUGAUUCUUACUAGCAUACUGAUUCUUCUGUACAUAGUCUGUCAAGAUAUGAUGGUCUGGAAGCCCAGCAAACUUCAAAGCCACAAAAUAGAAACCUUUGUUUGAUGUUGAACUACACCUCACCAUGCACAAAUCCUUUGUCUCAACUUCAUUAAAUAUAAUUCAUCGUGGUUGCACGUUUCAUCUCAGCUAUCCCUAUUGGACGAUUACUUCAUUAUACGAAAAUACAAUGCGCUCAAUCACCGUGACCGUGCACAAAUUAACAUAAACUCCGACAAAAACAUAACACAAUGACUUCUGUUUAGUGUCCAGACCAUCAUAUCUUCAUAGACUAUGUUUUGUAGGAGAGUUUGUAUAGUUGAGAACAGAUAGCUAUUCAAUUUUAGUUUAGGUUUCACCCUGUUCUAAGUGUAACACUGGACCAAUAAGGGAUGAAUCUUACUGGAUCUCUGGGCAGUUUAGAAUGGUAGAUCUAUCCAGUAAAAGACAAGUUUUAUUAUCAGAAACUUUAAUAUGUUUAGAACUGCCCUGUGGAGAUCGCCACCAAGGACAGAAAAUGUUGCCGCUUCGCGAUCGCGUCGUCUAAAGUCCAAGUCUCCCGGUAUUUUGAAUUUAAUUUAUCUAACUUUGCCUUAGUAACAAUAUUUUAAAAAACCAUCAAAUUACUUAUGUUGUAUAUAAAAGCAAAACCCUUUCAAUGUAAUAUUAUUAUAGUAGGAAUAUGAAAAAAAAACACAGUGACUGAAAUUUAGACACCAUCCAGUUUGAAAAUACCUGGAAGAUGCCUGUCAACAGCCGCGAUCUGGAAUUACCUGGUCUGGAAAGACCCUGGUUUCACCAAAAUAUAAAUAAUUUAAUUGCAAUUCGCCUAAUGACAUCAUAUCCGGAAACUUUGACAGUGAAAAAGUUGAUCAAGAUGGGAUUUUUUAUUAUAAAGAUAUAUAUUACAUUUCUUCUUCGAAUUACCCAAACAUUACGCAUACAAAAAGUUAUACUUGGGGUCAGUCAGACUUUAAUACAUUGGGCGCUUUAUUAUAAUCUUUUGUAGGUAUUGUUGAGCUUCCUGACGAUGAGUUUCUUGAUGUGCUUGUGUGUAAUAUCACUGGAACUUACAACGUCUAUUUACGUUUGGUUGGAGAGGAGUACUCGGUGGGUUUUCAUUACUUCUCGUAUUCUACUUGAUCUGCUAAAACAGGGAGUGGAUUUUGCACCAUUUCCUAAUCCAUGUACUGUAAAGUAUAGUUUAAAACAUUUCUAGAUGUAACUGGAGUAGUGAUUUAACGUGAAUAUUUUUGACAAUUUUAGACAAAGCUUGAAGGAGUCCAGGAUAGCAUGACAUGUUACUACAGUGAUUCAAAAGGUAAAUUUUAAACUUAUUCGCAAGCUUUUGUUGUAAUAUCCUGUUGUCUUGUAUCAGUUGUAUGAAUCGCAAAGAAAAGUUGACUUGGUUAACGAUGUCAUCAUAUCAUGUAUACAACAUGAACUUGUGGUUAGAGCUCGACAACUGGCCUCUGUAGCUCAGUUGGUUAGAGCGCUGCACCGGAAUCGCAGGACCGCAGGCUCGAUUCCUACCAGAGGACCUAUAUCUGGUCCCCUGGUUAUAUCCGUUUCAUCAACAAAACCCACAUUGUUUUAGAGGCAGUUACGACAGAGCCUGUUGUUGACGAUUUGUUUGCGCUCAUUUCUGAGGAUGUCUGGUGUCGAGUUAAAGUGACUGGUGUGAAUGGCGAGAAAAUAAAAGUAUUCUUCGUCGAUCAUGGCGAUGAAACGGAGACAAGCAAGGCUGAGCUGAGACCUUUGGCAUCUCAGUUUAGACAACUGCCUUUCCAGGUGCGUUUAAUUUAAAAAAUUAUUGUUUUGAUGAAAGAAAAUGUUUUUUUUUGAGUUUUUUUUUAAUUUUUGAAAACUGACUCGGGAGGGACACAGGACCACCAAAGAUGGGACCAAAGGGGAACCAUUUGAGAAAAAUUCUCAAACUUUUCGUAACAUGUUUUUAUGAGUUGAAAAUAAUUAUUUUGAUGAAAUAAAGUGUUUUUUUACCAUCCGUAACAAUUUUGGGGAAAUUUUUAAUUUUGGAAAAAUGACUUUGAGACCGAAGUGGGGAUCUCGUGGCCAAAGGAGGACAACAGGACCAUGCAAAGGUGUAACUUGCCCGCUUUCCCGGGGCAAGUGAAUAUCAUGACGGGCAAGUAAACGUUUAUCUUGCUUGCCCGAUUGGCCUUGCCACAAAAGCAGGGCAUCUUUACGUUUAUGUUUUUAUUGUCGGAUAAAUUUUUUAUAGUGCAUGUACUUGAUUUCAAUUUUUUUUGUGUGCCAAAGCUAGAUCUGAGGCAGUAUAACGUAGCCAUAUAGAGCAGUGGGGAACGGGUUGACAUGUCCCCUUAAUUUAUGCCCCGUACAUAGGUACUCCAGUGGCCAUUGUCAGAUUGUCCGAUGGCAAGUGAAUUUUAUUCAGGGCAACUAAUUUCAUGUCCAACUUGCCCUGAGGGCAAGUGGUCAAAAAAAUAAAGUUACACCACUGCCAUGCAAGAAGCAGUUGUCACAAAACGUUAUUAAAUUUGAUGUAACCAUUUCAGGUAUUCCAGUGUGCUUUGAAUGGAUUACCAAAGACGAAAAAUCCAGACGUUGUUGACAAGUUAGAGAAGUUGAUUAUGGGUGAAGUGGCUGUCGCUGAGAUUGUGAAAAAGUAAGUCUUACAAUCUUAUGGUACAGCUUAGGGUAAGGCUUCAUAGGGUUAUAGGGAUGAAGUAUUUUUACCACUUUGUCCAAUCAUUAUUCUUUAGAACGGGUGAUCUUGUUUUUAUCGAGCUGUUGGACACGAGAACUGAUGCUAAUAUUGUCGUGAAUGCCGUAAUUCGAAAGUUAGUUAUGCCUGAUGAAGAGUUGAAGCCUGUUCUGCCGAAGGUAAAUCUAAACGGUCGACUGUUUCUAUAAUUUUUAGAAACCUUUAUGUGGUUGUUUCUUCUUAUCGAUGCGUCUGUCUGUCUGUCUGUCUGUCUGUCUGUCUGUCUGUCUGUCUGUCUGUCUGUCUGUCUGUCUGUCUGUCUGUCUGUCUGUCUGUCUGUCUGUCGGUAUGUCUGUCUGUCUGUCUGUCUGUCUGUCUGUCUGUCUGUCUGUCUGUCUGUCUGUCUGUCUGUCUGUCUGUCAGAAAGAUAACUCAAAACGUAUCGAAAAUGUAUAUGCGAAUGUUUCUUGAGCUCCACAUGCAAAAAUCUCACAUCUUGUAUAUGGAAGCUUGGCAACAAGCUGUCAACAAGUUGUGUUCGCACUGCUUGUCCCAAGUUGUCAACAAGUUUGGAACAAGCUGUUAACAACUUGUGACAAGAUUGAUGGCAUUAUCAGAUUUGUUGCAAAGUUGUUCUAACAAAUCCGAUACAGUCAUGAUAUAACGAUACUGUUAGAAUCUUGCGUCGUCAACCUUGUAACAUUUUUGCAAAACGUUGAAUAUCGUGUUUUCCACGAAACGGAUGCAUUACAUUUAUUGUAAUGAAAACCUAUAGGGAAUUUGUUUUAAGAACUUUUGUCGAGGAUUGGCAUAUUUUUCCUCUGUAGGUUGGCAGGACAACGGACGUGGAUAUCGCGUAUAUUUCACCGACGGGAUCUGUGUUCCUUCACGUGUCUGCCGCUGGAAGUAAACGAUUGGAGGAACUCAACAGAGGUCUUACUGAACACUACAUGUCCAAGGUAAGAAGAAUGGGGUCUGUCACACCAGAAAUAUUAAAGUGCACAUACAGCUAUUUUGGAUUUUGUAAUAUCCAGUACACUCUAAGAUGAAUACAGCCAAAAGACCAUGAAGAUGACAUUUUUCACAAAGAAAAUAUAUUGCAUUUCAUCUGAUGAAAAAUGUCAUCUUCAUGAUUUUUUUUGACUGUUAAAGUUUCCGGAACUGACGUCAUUUAAGUAAUUUUUGUUGCAAGAAACAAUGGAAAAUUCAUUUGCAUUGCCUUAAAUGACGUCAGUUCCGGAAACUUUUACAGCCAAAAGACCAUGAAGAUGAUGUUUUUCACAAAGAAAAUAUAUUGCAUUUCAUCUUAAAAUGUACUGAAUAUUACAAAUAUGUAAAAUUAAAAAAGGCUGUAUGUGCACUUCAAGCGUUGAAGUUUAUUUAAUUUGCUUACUUUGUAGCGGUCGAAAGCCAAUGAGUUUAUUUCGAAGCUAACAGCGGGAAAGGUUUGUUGUGCGAAAUGCGAAGACGAUGGGAACUGGUAUCGAGCUAAGAUCCUUUCAUUCACUGAUAGAAAUGUGAGUUUUUGAAUAAGACUUUGUAAAUUGUACGAAAUAAUUUAUUUAUAGCGAGGACUGGAGAGGUCCAUUGAGGGCCAUAACCUUUAAUUAAUGGUCCAAUGUAAAGUUUUAUUCAUUCGUGUGUACGGCAAAACAUUGAUUUUCCUUGGCAAGGAGCUAAGUUUCAAAGCUAGUCUUGCCAGCUUUUGGACAAGGAAAAUUUGUUCAUGUGUACGGCCGCCGCUAGGGAAACUUGACAAGUGUACAAGAAAUACCUUUAUGGUUUUGGCAAACAAAAGGCUGUCUUGACGUGAGAUAGCAAUCUGUACGGGGUUUUAACUAUGGGUUUAACUUGGUCGAGCCAAACUUGUAAGAACUCUUCUCGCAUCUAACUAAGGAGAAAUUAUGACCAGACCUGCAGACAGUUGUACAGUAUUGCUGUUUCUUUUAGGGUGUUGAAGUACUGUACGUCGACUACGGAAACACAGAAAUAGUUCCCGUGACCAAUUUACGCGAACCAACGCAAGAAAACGCCCAUGUACUGUCGCUGCCUUUUCAGGUUAGCAAGUAGUGAGCUAAAAUAGGUGUAAAUUUGUUUUCACGUGUGAAUAAUACUUCAGGAUCUUUCUUUGAAAAUAUCAAACUAAUUGUCAUAUUACUACAGUAAUAGCCACAUAUUGCACUAAUUUUAAAAAGAAACGAAAUGCGUUUUCUUUUACUGUAGGCCUUGGAAUGCCAGCUUUACGAUGUACCAAAGGUGAUUAUCACUUAACAAUGAUGAGUGAUAAUUAAAGCUUUCUGAGAUCUUUUUUAACACCAGGAGAUAGAUAGAGUUUCUCUUAGUGAAUAAGAAAGAAAAUUUUAUACAGAGGAUAUACAUAAAUUUUAUACAUAUUUUUUUAUAUUUAGGAUGGUUGGAGUGACGAUAUUAUCGACAGAAUUUUUGAAAUCGUGGAACAGGGUAGUCUUGCAGCCGAGGUACAUUUAUUUUGUUUUGCACAUGGUCUAAGCAGUUGCAAGCCUAUCUGUUUGAGUUGAUUUAAUGAGUAGUCGAGGUUUAUUAUUUUGUUAUUUCAACUGAGUUUUCCAGUUAGCCGUAGUACGGCCGGAUUUUAGUGGAAAUAGUAGGGGAGGUGGGAAAAAAAUAGCGGAGGUGCAGCGGUCUAGCUGACAACCCCCAUGCAUGGAAAGUUAGGGCUUAGAACGGGCCAAAGUCAACAACCUCCUGACGUAUAAAUUCUUUGUAUGUUUGCAUGGCGAUAAAAUAUAUAAUAGUUUUGUUUGUGGAAACACCACGUAAAUUUAUUACUGCAGUAAUAAAUUUACGUGGUGUUUCCACAAACAAAACUAUUAUAACAUGUACAAAGUGUACAUAUGUAUCAGUGUAUUAAUGAAUUAUGACUGUAUACAACUCAUCCAAUUUUGCCCUUCAUUACAAUUAAGGCGCAAAAAUUCUCAGGGAAGAUGCAAAACGAUCUCAUGGGAGGUGCGCACCUCCCCACACCUCCCCUCAAAAUCCGGCCAUGAGCCGUACUAAUAUGAACAAGCUGUAACAAACGUUUUUGUUUUCCCCAUCAAGGUACUAUCUGACGGAGAUCCACCUUUAAUCAGUUUGUUGGUUACAGUGGAAUCAGAAGGAGAACAAGUCACUUAUCGUUUGGCAUCUUUUCUUAAUAGACGGAUUUUCUGGGGGGAUGCAGGGGGGUGCUACCCUCCCAAAUAUUAGUUUU